GGCAGGCGACUGGCAACCCUGCAGUCAUGACGGAAUGGGCAGUGUUCAAGCGCCUCCUGGACGCCGUCUACCAGCAUUCAACUCUUCUGGGGCAAGUGUGGCUCACGGUCACGCUGAUAUUUCGGCUCUUGGUCGUGGCGGUGGCGAGUGAAAGCGUGUACGAAGACGAGCAGGCACAGUUCGCCUGCAACACCCUACAGCCAGGCUGCCCGACCGUUUGCUACGACCGCUUCGCACCCAUCUCGCAUCCACGCUUCUGGAUUUUCCAGAUAGUCAUCGUGUCUUCCCCUUCGCUCUGCUUCCUUAUCUACGUGUGGCAUAUGCUGUCCAAAGGUGGAACUGUCGGAGAUGAACGCAAAGGGAUAUGUCCCAUCUCAGAAGACGCCAGCAACAAGGAUCAAGCUGACGAAUCAAAAUGCAAGCCAUACGCGGGUGGACCGUACAAGAGUGAUGAACAUCUACUCUUUCUCUACAGCGAACAGGACACCUUUCGUGACCUAAAUGCUGAAACCUGCACAACGAAAUGGGGCAAGAUGGGACAACCGCGGAAUCGAAUAUGGAACUGCUAUGUCCUGCACGUGUGCUGCAGAACUAUUCUGGAAGUUGCAUUUGUGUUGGGUCAGUGGUUGCUCUUUGGUUUUAGGGUCCCCGUUCACUACAAGUGCCAGGUUUUCCCUUGUCCGCUUAUAGUCGACUGCUUUGUAUCCAGGCCAACUGAAAAAAAGAUCUUCUUGCUGUUCAUGUUUUCUGUCGGUGUUUUCUGCAUUUGUCUCAACAUCGUCGAGUUGAACCACUUGGGAUGGAAGAAAAUCAAGAGCCUGAUCACAAAGCGAAAUAAUUUGCGUGUGCAAAUUGAAGAAACAACAAAUCCCAUAAGUGCUGCUGAAGAUUCAGGUUGCCAAGUCUCCCCUCAUCAUGAUCUACAAGACAAUAAAACUCAUCUACAAACGAAGUGUUCAUCUUCUUCCAGCACUUCAGCAGCUUACGACGAUGUGUACGCUCAGGAACAUCUCCACCCACACUUGAACUUAGCUCAAAAAAUAACUUUGGACAAACAAUUCCAAGAACAGACUCUGUACCGUAUGGGUGAGGAAAGUGGAGAGAUUUCACCGAAAAAGGUAUCACGGAAAAACAUUGACUUGUGGGUAUAA